AUGGAAAAGAAAGAAAAAUGUAUUAAACCCAUAAAUAAAGAUACUGUGCACAAAAUUUGCUCGGGGCAGGUUGUGCUGAGUUUAGCAGUUGCUGUUAAAGAAUUAUUAGAAAACUCACUUGAUGCAAGUGCUACGAAUGUUGAUAUACGCCUAAAAAAUUAUGGCAUUGAUCUUAUAGAAGUAUCGGAUAAUGGAUCUGGAGUAACUGAAGAUAACUUUUCAGCUUUGACACUCAAAUACCAUACCUCAAAAUUGAGUGACUAUUCAGAUCUACUUGGUGUUUCCAGCUUUGGAUUUCGAGGAGAGGCAUUAAGCUCUUUAUGUUCUUUAGCUAGCCUUACAAUUACCACAAGACAUGGAAGCAGUGAAUAUGCUACCAAAAUAGAAUACGAUCAUAAAGGCCAUAUUACUAGCAAGACUCGAUGCUCAAGACAAGUAGGAACAACUGUAACAUUAUCAAAUUUGUUUCAUACUCUCCCCGUCAGACAAAAGGAAUUCCAUAAAAACUCUAAAAGAGAAUUUAAUAAAAUGACCAACUUGUUAUAUGCUUACUGUUUAAUAUCAAAAGGAAUAAAAAUAACCUGUAGCAACCAAACUAGCUCUAAUUCCAAAUCUGUUGUCGUAGCAACAUCUGGGUCACUAUCAUAUAAAGACAACAUUGCAUGUGUCUUUGGUCAUAAGCAAUUACAAAAUAUAAUUGAAAUUAAGACUGAACUUGCAUCAACCAUUAAAGAAAAUAUUUUCAAAGGCUUAUCAGGGGAAGUUAAAGAAACCAAUGAAACUGUAGAAAUAGAAGAUGUAGAUAUAGACUUAUCUGAAGAUUCCAAUGAUGCUGAAGUCAGUAAUAGUCAAACAUCACACAGUGAUAGAUUUUCAUUAUCUCAAAAAUCCCAUGGGUAUAAAAACAUGCCAAGCCCUGUUGACCUGGAAGGUUUUAUUUCAUCAUGUGAACAUGGUUGUGGAAGAUCUAGUACAGACAGACAGUUCUAUUAUAUCAAUUCAAGACCGUGUGAGCCUACUAAAGUUAUAAAAUUGGUUAAUGAAACCUAUAAACAGUUCAAUUCAAACCAAUAUCCAUUUGUUUUCCUCAAUAUCAAUAUAGACAGAAUAUCAGUAGAUGUAAAUGUAACACCAGAUAAAAGAAAGGUUUUUCUUACAAAAGAAAAAGGAAUUAUAGAUGUUCUAAAAGCAUCACUUACAAAACUAUUUGAAAAUAUUCCUAGUACAUUCAAAUUAAACACUACAAGUAUUGAUCUUUCAAAAGGGGCACAAGCUAAUUUAAGUCAACCUACAAUUUUUAAUUCAUUCAUGCAGCAAUUCAGUAAAAAAGAAGACAAAACAAAUGAAAACAAUUAUGUGCACAGUGAUAAGAAAUCAAUUGAUUUAAAGAGGAAAUCCACAAUACUCUUAGAUAGUUUUUUAUCAAAAACCAAGAAAAUUACACAUGAUGAAAAGCUAAAAAUAAAAAGUGAAGAGAAUAGUAAUUCAAAUAUUUCAAAUGACUCUGCUGAUGCUAUAGAAGAUAAAAGUAGUGAUGAUGACCAAAUACAAAAACCAGAAUCAAAGGUUAAAGGCGUAAAUGUGGAUGAUAAUCAAAACGAAUUAGGAAGAUCCCAAAGAAAGUCUGUUCCUUACAGAACAUCCCUGGACCAUAUAAAACAAUUGAAUGAAAUAUAUAAGAAAAACAAUAAAAAAUGUUUGCCAGAAAGACUUAAGUUUAGAAGCCGCAUUGAUCCAGUUUUUAAUAAGAAGUGCGAGGAAGAGUUGAGCAAGGAAAUAUCGAAGGGGUCAUUUAAACAGAUGCAGAUUAUUGGUCAAUUUAAUUUAGGAUUUAUUAUAACUCGGUUGGAAGAUGAUCUUUUUAUUAUUGAUCAACAUGCUAGUGAUGAGAUUUAUAACUUUGAAACACUACAGAAAAACACUGAACUCACAAGCCAAAAAUUAGUUAUACCUCAGCAGUUAGAGCUAACAGGUGUGAAUGAACAAAUUUUGAUUGAUAACUUGGACAUAUUUAAGAAAAAUGGAUUCACAUUUGAAAUAGAAGAAAAUGCAUUGCCCACAAAACGUGUUAAAUUGCUGACAAUACCAAUGUCCAAAAAUUGGAUUUUUGGCAAGGAUGACAUAGAAGAACUUCUAUUUAUGAUAAAGGAGUCACCAUCAGAGUAUUGCAGGCCAAGUAGAGUCCGAGCUAUGUUUGCAUCUAGGGCGUGCAGAAAAUCUGUAAUGAUAGGCACAGCCCUAGGUAGGGCUGAUAUGAAACAGUUGGUUGACCACAUGGCUGAAAUUGACAAACCCUGGAAUUGCCCACAUGGGAGGCCAACGAUUCGCCAUUUAAUAAAUUUAGCAAUGGUUUCUUCAAAUUCAACAUAA